AUGGCAGUGAAAACCAGGGUUUUGAAAGCUGUAGUGGCGUUGAUGGCAUUGUGCCUGGCAGGGUACAUAGUAGGCCCACCUCUGUAUUGGCACUUACUGGAAGGCUUAGCUGCUGUCAGCCGCUCUUCUUCCGCCUCCUCUUGCCCUCCUUGCAUUUGUGAUUGUGAUUCUCAGCCCCUUCUAACCAUUCCGCAAGGACUGAGUAAUGUAUCCUUUGCAGAUUGUGCAAAGCUUGAUCCUGAUGUGAGUGAAGAUACUCAAAAGAACUUUGCAGAGCUAUUAUCGGAGGAAUUAAAACUGCGAGAAACCGAAGCUUUGGAAAAUCAGAAGCGUGGGGAUAUGGCACUGCUUGAGGCUAAAAAAAUGACAUCCCAAUACCAAAAAGAGGCAGACAAGUGCAAUUCUGGGAUGGAGACAUGUGAAGAGGCUAGAGAAAAGGCUGAAGCAAAUCUAUUGGCACAAAAAGGGCUGACUGCUAUGUGGGAGCUGAGAGCACGCCAAAGAGGAUGGAAGGAGGGAACCACCCGGUCUCAUUCCCAGUAA